AAUCGGAUUUAAUACAGUUGCAUCGAGGAGCAGAAGCCAACAUGAUAGGCAAAGCAAAAGCAACCCUCUGUGCAUGUGUGUCUUCACCGAAUGCUUUACAGUGAUGCAUGUCUACAGGCUACCGAGUAGAAAGGAGAAGAGGCGCAGCAGAUGCCUUCGACCAGCCCAUGGUAAUCGGUGGAGGAAAUGACAAAGCGAAUAAAGCCAACCCAUGUGAGUCAGCCAUGGCCACUUCCGAUCGUGGUAACUUGUUCCAUCUGCUCCCCUCAUGUGGACGCUUAUGGCUUCGUUUCCUGCUCACACCCUGCAAGCACUAUAAAAGGACAGGUGACAGCUGAGGUAGAGAUCACAGGUCGCAUGUUGACAAACCUGUGUGCAGAAUCCAGUUAUAAGAUGAGAUCGGUCCCGCGUCACGUUCCUUUCCCCUCCUUCUUCUUCUUCCUUAUCCUCCUCCUGGUUGUGGUGAGUGCUGCAGCUGGUGGAGGGGAAUGGAAGCUCCUGCAACACAGCAUCGGGGUGUCUGCGAUGCACAUGCAGCUCUUGCACAACGACCGUGUUGUCGUCUUCGACCGCACCGACUUCGGCCCCUCCAACCUCUCUCUCCCGGACGGCAGGUGCCGCAACGACCCCAACGACAAGGCUCUCCCCGUCGACUGCACCGCCCACUCCGCCGAGUACGACGUGGUCGCCAACGCCUUCCGACCGCUCAUGGUCUUGACCGACACCUGGUGCUCCUCCGGCUCCGUCGCCUCCGACGGCACCCUGGUCCAGACCGGCGGGUUCAACGAUGGCGAGCGUGCCGCACGUACCUUCCGCCCUUGCGACGACGGCAGCUGCGACUGGGCCGAGACCGCCCAGGCGCUUGCCGUCCGCCGGUGGUACGCCACCAACCAAGUCCUCCCUGACGGCCGCGCGGUGGUCGUCGGAGGCCGACGCCAGUUCAACUACGAGUUCUACCCCAAACCCGAUCCUUCCGACAUGAGCACCAUCGCAUUACGCUUUCUCCAAGACACAAGAGACGACGUGGAGGACAACCUCUACCCUUUCGUCCACCUCAGCAUCGACGGCAACCUCUUCAUCUUCGCCAACAACCGCGCGAUCCUGCUCGACUACUCCAAGAACACGGUGGUGAGGACAUACCCAAAAAUGCCAAGUGGAGAGCCCAGGAACUACCCGAGCUCCGGCUCGUCGGUGCUGCUGCCGCUGAAGCCGUCGCCGACAGAGGCCGAAGUGCUAAUCUGCGGCGGUGCACCGGCGGGGUCGUACUCCCAGGCGUUGCAGAAGAAACGCUUCCUCCGAGCGCUGGACUCAUGCGGGAGGAUCAAGAUCACAGACGCGGCCCCGUCGUGGAACAUGGAGGCGAUGCCCGUGCCCAGGGUGAUGGGCGACAUGGUGCUGCUCCCCGACGGCGACGUCCUCCUAAUCAACGGCGCGGCCGCCGGGACCGCGGGGUGGGAGCUCGGCCACGAUCCGGUCCUGACCCCCGUCGUCUACCGCCCAGAUGGCGCAGCUGGCACCCGCUUCGACGUCCAGAGCGGCUCCACGACGCCGCGCCUCUACCACUCGACCGCGGUACUGCUGCGCGACGGCCGGGUGCUUGUCGGCGGCAGCAAUCCCCACGUCAAGUACAACUUCUCCGGAGUGGAGUACCCCACGGAGCUCAGCAUGGAGGCAUUCUCUCCGUCCUACCUGAACUCAGAGAACUCGAGAUUACGUCCACAGAUCCUCACGCCGCCAUCUCCAAUCCAGUUGACCUAUGGUGGACGAUUCAGCUUGCAGUUCUCGGUGGGAGUGGUGAGCGAGGGUGGCAUCAGAGUGACGAUGGUUGCACCAUCCUUCGCGACGCACUCGUUCUCGAUGAACCAGAGGCUGCUAGUGCUGGAGACCGAGGGUGGCACGUCUGAGGUGGUGGCGGUGGCGCCGGCGUCGGCCAUUCUGGCGCCACCUGGCUACUAUAUGGUGUACGUCGUGAACGGAGGGGUCCCGAGCGAGGGCAUCUGGGCCCAUAUACAGUAGUGGCAUUCGCAACAGUAGACGCGGCAAUCAAUACACAGCAACAAUUGACGGGUACAAAUUGGGAGGUAACCACGUGAGCAUUGAAGGCUAUGGAGGACACAACGACAGUCCUCUUUCAGCCGCAACACAGGCACUUCUCUCAUCUGAAUGGGUACGGGGUGAAAAUAAUGCGGUACGCUGUCUCACAGGAAUAUUAAAUCUAAUUUUGCGAUUAGAUAAGGAAUUAGUUUAAGAAUUUUAAUAGGAUUAGAUAUCAUUAUUUUAGUUAAAGUCGACCUACUGGUUUAACCCUGUGAUGCAUAAAGUGUUAAAGAAAUACAUAGAAAUACAAAAGAGAUCAAUGGACUGAAUAAGGUAUAGUUUUGCUAAGAUCCAAUCUUAGUUCUCAACCACCACUCACCUACUCUUUUGAAGAUUUAGCACUGAAUUACAAGCAAAAAAAAAGGAAAAAAAAAACACCACAUAUCUAAUGGAUACAACUAGUAGGUUGAAUAGAACUACAAUCCAUCAAUUAAAAAAAUAUCAGUGAUCAACGUGGUGUAAAGAUAAGAUCCAUAAUAACCAAGCUGCUGAUUGUUCAUAAAUUUUUGAUGAACAGCAAAUAAGACCACCUCCCAUUCAUAAACACAAAUGAGCAGCUAAAAAACACUCUUGCUCUUCAUGUCGUCCAACAAUCCAUCAAGUUCUCAAGAAGAAGGCUAUAUACAGAUACCUGUGUCCACGACAUAUGCUGCUGCCCAUUGGAGCCAACAGAAAGAUUAACGACCACAGACAGGUCAUAUAUUGCUCCAGUAGUGAGUAUGAGAAUUAAG